AUGGUUUCAGACAUCGAAGGAGGUAACAUGUGUGUUCCCCACCCUUCACCCGCCGCCGUGAUUUUCCUCCGUCAUUCCGAUUCGCGAUCAGUAACCUCGGCUUCAAGACAAAUCCUGUUGCGCGGCAAACGAUACACCCCUACAUGCGUGGAUCCUAGUGCGCAAGAACUCUCGACGAGUCAGGAGAACUUCAAAACCGAAAGGAAGGAACGCAAAAGUUCAAGGAACUGUUGGAGAUACCGCAUCGAUGCCAGUGAGCGGGCCGGCGGCGAGGCUCUGCGUGGAGUACAUUCCAGCCACGCUGGGGUCUCGAAGGGUGACGAUACUGCCUCGAGUGUGGGCCGUUCCCGGACACCAACCCCGACAAUCGUUCAUCCAACCCACGGCUUGAAAACCCGUGAGCCUCGUCAUGAGUAUAUGCGACGGUACGCGACAGCAGCGGCGAACAAGGUUAGGUCGGAUGUUGCGUCUGAGCUACAGGGUGGUCCUUUAAGGGAAUAUGAUUCGCGGGUGCAGCAGGGUCGCCUACGGGAUGACCCAUACCAGAGACAGAUCAUUGAGAGGCUACAAGACCUUCACGAAAGGCUGCGAAGCUACCACCCUCCGACCGUCAUCCAUCCGAAUCCCGAAACCUUGGAUCCUCAGCCGAGAACGUCGUUCCUGGGCUCUUUGUUCGGACGUGGCAAGGCGAAGGAAGAGUUAACCGUCCCCGAGAGCCUCCCGAAAGGUCUAUAUAUGUACGGAGAUGUCGGGUGUGGGAAAACCAUGCUCAUGGAUUUGUUUUACGAUACCUUGCCGUCGAACAUCGUGUCCAGGUCUCGGAUCCAUUUCCACAACUUCAUGCAAGACGUACACAGGCGCAUGCAUGUGGUCAAAAUGCGGUACGGCAAUGAUUUUGAUGCGUUGCCUUUGGUAGCAGCGGCCAUUGCCGAGAAAUCGAGCGUGCUGUGUUUCGAUGAGUUCCAGUGCACGGAUGUUGCGGAUGCUAUGAUCCUGCGGAGGCUUCUGGAGUCCCUCAUGUCCCAUGGGGUCGUGCUCAUCACCACCUCCAACAGGCACCCCGACGAUCUGUAUAAGAACGGCAUCCAGCGGGAGUCGUUCAUCCCGUGCAUCAACCUCCUGAAGACCGCUCUGGACGUGAUCAACUUGGACUCUCCCACAGACUACCGCAAAAUCCCUCGACCGCCUUCCGGCGUCUACCACCACCCACUGGGCUUGGAUGCUGAUCAACACGCCCAGAAAUGGUUCGAGUUCCUGGGUGAUCCCAAAGAUCCCCCCACCCAGCAACGCAGGAGCUUUCAGCAGUUGAUCGGUCGAGCGACAGGAGCUGCGGACUACCUGGAGUUGGUCCGGAACUAUGACGCCUUCAUCAUCACGGACGUCCCCGGAAUGAACUUGAAUCAGCGCGAUCUUGCGCGUCGGUUCAUUACUUUCAUUGAUGCCGUCUAUGAAAGCAGGGCCAAACUAGUCCUGACCACGGAAGUGCCUUUGACCAACCUCUUCCUCUCUGAGGCGGAAGUGAAGAGCUCUCUCCAAGGAGGCGAAGGCAGCGAUCUCUCCGACGCGAUGCGUAUGAUGAUGGACGACCUUGGCCUCUCCAUGCAAGCCCUCAAGUCCACCUCCAUCUUCAGCGGCGACGAGGAGCGCUUUGCGUUUGCUCGGGCCCUCUCGCGUCUCUCCGAGAUGGGCAGCAAGCAAUGGGUGGAGCGGGGAUUGGGGGUCGGGAUGGAUGCUGAGCAGGGGAAAAGCGAGCACGACGCAUGGAUAAAAGCGAGAAGUCAUUGGAGCGAGGAUAAUAUGUGA